CAAAAAAAAACUAAGAGCAUGACUUGCAAACUAUGGAACGAUCUGGUGUGUGAGAGGAGGAGGAGCAGAGGGGGCUUGUCCCCGUCCCAGUCGCAGUCCCAAGCAGUCAUGAUUAAAGCAGAAACAAAAGGCGCCCACUUACAAACAAAUACAAAUGCAACGCAAUAAUAAUACCUCUUCUACACUUACAUUCAAAUUUAUUUUUUUAAUAACCCUCCUCUCUCUCUCUCUCUCUCUCUCUCUCCUUCCCCUCCUUUCUAAACUUAUAGCAAGUAAGAGUCGGAGGAGGGUUCUCAUUUCCCUUAUUUUCAAACACCCAUUUCAAAAUAAUAAUAAUAAUAAUAAAAGAAAACUCCUCUGUUUCUCAGGUCUCUCUCAUCUCUCUCUCUUAUUUAAAUAGGGAUGAUGAACUUGGCGGAUCCAUCAAUGGCGUUACUGGCGGCGAGUGGUGGCGACACCGUGAAGCUUUUCGAUGUAUCAGUGGAACCAGGAGAUCCAUGUACUUUGAGUUACACACCAACUCCGGGUUGCCUUGUUAACGCAGUCAAGUGGAAUCACACUAAUUUAGUGGUGGCUAGUGCUGGAGAAGAUAAGAAGAUUUCAUUGUGGAGGAAAAAUGGGCAGAGCAUGGGCACAAUUCCAGUUUCUGGGACAGAUAGUGGGGACAGCAUUGAGGAAUCUAUAUUGGCUAUUAGCUUUAGUAAUAAGGGAUCUAGAUAUAUAUGCUCUGGAGGAAGUGGUCAAGUUGUAAGAAUAUGGGAUCUGCAGAGGAAGCGCUGCAUUAAAUGGUUGAGGGGUCAUACCAGUCCAAUAACAGGUGCUAUGUACAAUUGCAAAGAUGAGCACCUGGCUUCCAUAAGUUUGAGCGGGGACCUUAUUCUGCACAACCUUGCAUCUGGUGCAAGGGCGACAGAACUCAAGGACCCAAAUAAACAGGUACUAAGGGUGCUUGAUUAUUCACGAGUUAGCCGACACCUUUUGGUGACCGCUGGCGAUGAUGGUUCUGUGCAUUUGUGGGAUACAACUGGUCGCAGCCCAAAGGUUUCGUGGUCGAAGCAACAUUCUGCACCAACUGCUGGUAUUAGCUUCUCGCCAUCAAAUGACAAGAUAAUAGCUAGUGUUGGACUGGAUAAAAAGCUAUACACUUAUGACUCGGGGUCUAGAAGGCACACAUCUCUCAUUUCUUACGAGGCACCUUUUUCUUCACUGUCUUUUAGAGAUGAUGGUUGGGUUCUGGCUGCUGGAACCAGCAGUGGUAGGGUAGUGUUCUAUGAUGUUCGAGGAAAACCACAGCCUUUCACUGUACUUCGUGCUUAUGGCAGUUCAGAGGCUGUUACUGGUUUAUGCUGGCAAAGAUCAAAACCAGUUAUUGUAAAUGAGAGCAACUGCACUGCUGAGAUAGCUCUUUUGGGAGGUGCUGUUGAUGAUUCCAUUCUUAUGCCAGAUCCACUUCCUUCUGUAACAUCAUCUAGUGUUGCUCUAUCCUCAGUGUCUGGCUCUGGUAAUUCUGGUCGUUCAGGUCCUGCAUUAGAAUCGUCAUCUCUUACAGCAACUGUUGGUGGACCUGCAUCAAGUAUACCCAAUCUGUCUUUAGCAGAGGAAACGCCACAUCGAAGCCAUCUUUGGCCUGGAACAUUGACCAGAUUAAAUCCACCUCGUUCUAGUUACAAUUUUAAGGAUGAAAUGGAGGUGUUCUCCCCACUAGUGGAUGUUCAGCCUAUCACGCCCUCACUUGAUAAGUUUUGGACUGAUCACGAGGGAUUGAAAAAGGAUAAUCUGCCUGUUGAUAAGAAGCCUUCAUCAUUGUUGUUUCCUUCAUCUAGUAGGAGAUUUCCUUUUGCAGAGGAUGGGACCAAUGAUCAUCCAAUAUUUGAUUGGAAAUCUAGUUCAACUUCAAGACAGGAUGACACCCAGUCUUUCACAUCACUAGGGGGUUCUACUCCUACUCCAUCUUCCAAGAGUGAAGAUUCCUCCAUCACUCCUCCAGAAGCUUGGGGUGGUGAGAGGUUAUCUGAUAAAAUUGCUCACCUACGCCAGCCACUCAAUUUGCCACCACGUUUUGGGAUGACUUCUGGGAGUUCAACAUCAGGAUCAAUGUUCUCUAGUUUGCAAGAUCUGCCCUCUUCAACGAGUCAGUCAAGUAUGAGCUCAUUGACUAGUUCCAGCCGUGGCUUUUCAAAUCUGCGCGCCAGAGAUGUAUCUUUGACUCAGGAGACGUCAGUGGGAUUUCCAGAACACAUUUCCUCUAGUUCCAUGUUUCUGUCUUUAGGUGCAAAAGGCAUCACAGGACCAGCUAACCUUGAAACAUCAGGACCAGCAUCAUUAAACUUACCUCGCAGGUUUUCAACAUAUGCUGAGAGAAUAAGCACUACUUCUUCCUUUAGUGAUGGAACAUCCCUCUCUGUGGGUUCACCAAAAACAAAGAAAACCGGAGUUGAAACUAGGGAAGAACUGUUGAAUAGCCUGUUGUUGAGGUCUGAUGCAUUGGCUGUCACUGAACCAGGAAUUGUUCCAGCAAUGAAUGGAGGAGCCGCACAGCCGCACAAAGCUCUUCAGCCAGAUACACAGCAGGGGAGUUCCUUCACUCUUCAACUCUUCCAGCGCACUCUUGAAGAAACUCUUGAUUCAUUUCAGAAAUCCAUACAUGAAGAUAUGAGGAACCUUCAUAUAGAAAUUCUUAGACAAUUUCAUAUGCAGGAGGUGGAAUUUUCUAGUGUGAUGAGCUCAAUCCUGGAAAACCAAGCUGAGCUGAUGAAAGAAAUCAAGACCCUUAGGAAAGAAAACCAAGAACUCCGCCAAUUGCUUUGAACUCUGGUGAAGUUGAGAUUGCGAUUCAUGACUGUUUGUUGAAGGGUUCUGGGACCUGUUUGUAUUUCCACACUUUGCACUUCAUUUGUGGCUUGUUUUAUACGGAACUACGAUUGCUUCCCUCAGCAAUAGCGGAGAUUAAAAGAAGGGAAAAGGAGUAAAGAAACAGAGAAAAAUGCGAGCGCGUCAUUACAGGUAGGGUUCUUGCCUCCAAAACAUGUACAUAAAAUAUUCUUUCAGCUAAUGAAGUGAAGCUUUUUAGUGGAUUUCCGC